AUGCAAGGGGAAGAUAUAGAUCGAACAGCCUUUCUAAGACUGAAAACCAAGGCUAUUUUCAACAGAUUGGAGCGCUUAAUCAAAGAGUUGGACUCAGACAAGCUGCACAGUAUGGACGAGUACAGUAUUUCGGCAACGCUAGAAUCUCUGGUCGAAUUGAAAUCCAUCUUUUCUGUCGCGCAUACAAGCUUAGAGGAAUUAGAUUUUGACUCCAUAGCCAGCGAUUUGCCGAGCCACUUCGAUGCUGCUCUAAUCAACCUUAGGGCUAGCUUGCAACGCGAGAUAGGUAAACGUAGUACCUCUCAACAUUGCUCCACGUUCAGGAUGAACUCCAGUGAAGCCCAAUCAAUCGUCGUGAACGCCAAUAGUUCACGUCUACCAUUACUAACGCUGCCUAAAUUUUGUGGGGCCUACUCUGAGUGGACAAAUUUCUAUUCGAUGUUCACGUCAAUUAUCGACAAGGACAGCGACCUCACAAACAUCGACAAACUACAACAUUUGUGUUCCUGUUUGAGUGGCGCUGCCCUCGACACCGUGCGCUCACUGGAAAUAAGCAAUGAUAAUUAUAAAACUGCUUUAGAACUUUUGCAGAAGCGUUUCGAUAACAAACGUCUUAUAUUUCAGGUACACGUCAGGGAUAUAUUUGGGCUGAGCAAGGUGGAUUCAAACGUAGGCAUGCUCCGAAAGCUGACAGACAAGGUCACUUCACACAUUCGUGCAUUACAGUCGCUCGCAUCUAACGAGAAAAUUGCAGACUGCAUCAUCGUACAAAUGAUUCUCCAGAAACUUGACAAAACGGCGCAGGCCAAAUGGGAGGAAACCUCUUCGAUCAGCGAGCUGCCAUCCUGGGAUCAAUUGACUGCAUUCUUGGAAAGGCGCUGCCGAAUGCUUGAGAAUGUUGAGCAUGCUGUUCAAGCACAGACUGGUCAGGCGUUAAGGCAUAGCAAAAACGACAGUAUUAGUCAAAGGAAAACGUUUGUCGCCUCCAAAGGCUCAAAACGUGUUUGUGUAUUUUGUGGAUCACCCGAGCAUGCAAUUUAUAGUUGUCAACUUUUCGCAAAUUUUGAUCCGAACUCGCGCCUGGGGGAAGUUAAGAAGCUUGCACUUUGUCUUAACUGCCUCAAGGCUGGCCAUCAAAUGCGGGACUGCAAAUCCGGAUCGUGCCGCACCUGCCAGUCGAAACACCACACGCUCCUGCAUUUUAACCGGUCAACUGCUUCGUUAACCGAUAGUCAAGCCGAUGCUUCAUCGGUGGCCACAAUUCGAUCCAGCGCUAUGACUGCAUCGAUAUCUGCUUCGCUUAAUGCCCCCGUGUCUCCUUCUGAUGCUGUGCUCCUAGCUACUGCCGUCAUUCUUGUAAAAAAUCGUGCUGGAAUCUUCGUGUCCUGUCGCGCUCUUUUGGAUUCUGGUUCCCAGUUGCACUUCGUCACAACUCGCUUCGCAAACCAACAUCAGCUGAUCAAAACAAAAGCUUCUGCUACAGUCUCUGGAAUUGGAGAUGCCAACUUCCCAGCGGAAGGUUACUCACUCGAUCUCGUACUUAAGUCGCGGAUUUCAGAUUUUUCAACAAGCAUCACUGCCCUUGUUGUGAAAACCAUCACCGACAAUCAGCCUGGCUGCUCCGUGAGCACCAACGAGUGGAAUGUUCCGUCGAAUAUACCACUAGCCGAUCCCGGGUUCAACUUACCACAGCGUAUUGAUCUGGUCAUCGGAGCAGGACUGUUCUUCGAUCUACUUUGUGUGGGUCAGAUACGCUUAGGAUCUGGUUUACCACUACUUCAGAAAACUCGUCUCGGAUGGGUGCUAUCUGGAGGUGGGCAACAAACUCCAAACCUGUCAUCAUUCGUCGUGAGGCAGAAAUCUUCCAGUGGUCUCAUUCCCAGCACUCGGCUGGACUAUUUAGUACGUCGGUUUUGGGAGAUCGAGCACAUUUUCGAACCGAUCUCUAAGGCCUCCCAAGAAGAUCUUGACUGCGAAGCCCACUUCCAGGGAAAUUAUUUUCGAUUGCCAUCAAGUGAAUACUCUGUUCGUCUGCCCAUAAAACGCAGCAUGGAUGCCCUAGGAGACUCCUAUUUACAAGCUCGUCAACGCUUUCAAGGUCUGGAACGAAAAUUCGCCCGUAACCCUGAUCUAAAGGCAGAAUACAGUAAGUUUAUUAAGGAAUAUCUGGACCUCAACCACAUGUCGCUGGUUUCCAACGAGGUUGUACAACAAUGCAAGUACUUCCUGCCACAUCAUUGCGUUAUUAAGGAUGACAGUAGUACAACAAAAUUGAGGGUGGUUUUUGAUGGAUCUCCAACCACUACCUCAGGUUUUUCGUUAAAUGACCUACUCAUGGCAGGCCCAACUAUUCAACCGAAGCUUUUUCAUAUUCUCAUUAAAUUUCGUACUUUUCCUAUAGCACUUACUGCAGACAUCUGUAAGAUGUAUAGGUGUGUUCGCGUCACUCCACCGGACAACAUGCUCCAAUGUAUUUUGUGGCGAGAAUCUCCACAAGAAGACUUUCGCAUCUAUAAGGUCGACACGGUGACGUAUGGAACUAAGCCUGCAGCGUUUCUAGCCAUCUGA